UCCACAACAUUGUAGUUGAGCACUAUGGACAAUACGGGAACAAAUUGCAGGAUUUGUUUGCUGCAUCCGAAAACUGAGACGCUUAUACCCACGGCGUCCGAUUUCUUUUCACAAAUAGAACAAUGCACGGGUGUGCUGUUAACACAAGAUGAUCGAAUACCGAAUAAAAUAUGCACAAGCUGUGCCUUGCUGCUGCGUGCUGCUUUGAAGCUGCGUUCUAUGUGCCAGCAGACAGAGAGGCAACUGCAAAAGCUCAAAAAGGAACAGACGCAGCAGCAAAUGCAGUUGGACAGCGCCAGUGAAACGGAGUUUAUCGAAUCCUACGACGUGACACUGGAAACGGCUAGCAUUUCAGGCAGCCAGGGCAGCACAGAUGGCAUCACAAUAAAACCUGAAAAUCCAGCGCCAAGAACUGUUUUCGCUCACAGGCCCAAGCGUCGUAAUCGCACCGUUGCUGAAGUGCCAGCCACAUCUAACCCAGAGACCACCAAACCUCUGGCCCUCACCUAUGUUUGCAACAUCUGCAAUAAUGUCUACACGGAGAAAGUAAAGCUAACUAUGCAUCUUAAGCUACACAGCCUGCACAAGCCGCACGAAUGCGAAAUUUGUCAUAAGCGUUUUCGUCAGACGCCACAACUAGCGCGGCACAUGAACUCACAUACUGGGCUGCGCCCAUACAAAUGUGAUUAUUGUGAUGCCUCCUUUGCAGAUCCCUCCACGCGGAUUAAGCAUCAACGCAUCCACACAAACGAAAGGCCAUAUAAAUGUAAGUACUGCCAGAAGUCCUUUGCCUACUCCAAUGUGCUUAGCGUACAUCUGAAGAUCCAUACUGGCGAGCGACCAUUCAGCUGUCAAUUUUGCGGUCGACGGUUUUCCCAAGCUCAUCACAAGAACACACACGAACGCUCACACAGGGCACACAAACAGCUGGACAUUGCUGUGAUUACGUUGGAGGAGGAGUAAUGGCCAGUU